AUGGGCUUGGGCUGGAGCAGCGCGGAGGAGCGGCGGCCCCUCCUGCCGCCGCCGCCGCAGCAGCCGCGGCCGCAGCCGCGGGGGCCGGCGGGGGUCCCGGCGGGGCGGCUGCCGCCGCUGUCGGGCCGCGUGUACGGGCGGCGGUGGCUGGUGCUGCUGCUGUUCUCGCUGCUGGGCUUCGCGCAAGGCCUGGUGUGGAACACCUGGGGCCCUAUCCAGAACUCGGCCCGCCUGGCCUUCGGCUUCAGCGGCUGGGACAUCGCCCUGCUCGUCUUCUGGGGGCCCAUCGGCUUCGCGCCCUGCUUCUUCUUCAUGUGGCUCAUGGACAAGAAGGGUCUGAGGGUAACAGUGUUACUAACAUCAUCCCUCAUGGUAUUGGGAGCUGGCCUGAGAUGUGUUCCAGUUUCAGAUCUAGAAAUUAGGAAAAAGCUGAUCCACGGCGGGCAGCUGCUGAACGGGCUGGCGGGCCCCACGGUGAUGAACGCCGCUCCCUUCCUUUCCACCACCUGGUUCUCCCCGGACGAGCGCGCCACGGCCACGGCCAUCGCCUCGCUGCUCAACUACCUGGGCUCGGCCGCCGCCUUCCUGGUGGGGCCGCUGGUGGUGCCGCCGCCCAACGGGACGGCCCAGCUGGGAGCGCCCUCCAACACCCAGCACAUCAAGGACCGCAUCGAGGCCGUGCUCUACGCAGAAUUUGGAAUGGUUUCCCUGAUAUUUUCUGCAGCGUUGGCCUACUUCCCCUCGCGCCCUCCGUUCCCCCCCAGCGUGGCUGCAGCGAGCCAGCGCCUCAGCUACAGGAGAAGUUUUUGCAGACUCUUAAGCAAUUUCCGAUUCUUGAUGAUUGCUUUGGCCUAUGCCAUACCACUGGGUGUUUUCUCUGGCUGGUCUGGUGUUCUGGAUUUGAUAUUAACACCCAUUCAUGUAAGCCAGGUGGAUGCAGGCUGGAUUGGAUUUUGGUCUAUAGUUGGAGGUUGUGUUGUUGGCAUAGCAAUGGCAAGAUUUGCAGAUUUUAUCAGGGGCAUGCUGAAGUUCAUACUGCUGCUGCUUUUAUCUGGAGCAACAUUAGCAUCAACCUGGUUCACUCUCACCUGUCUAACUUCUGUCACUCAUCUGCCUUUGACCACAGCUACACUGUACACAUCCUGCAUUUUGCUGGGCAUAUUCCUCAACAGCAGCGUACCAAUAUUCUUUGAGCUCUUUGUGGAGACAGUCUACCCUGUUCCAGAAGGAAUAAGCUGUGGAGUUGUCACCUUUUUGAGUAAUGUGUUCAUGGGAGUGCUUUUGUUUUUCCUCACAUUCUACCAUACAGAGUUCUCCUGGUUCAACUGGUGCCUGCCAGGGUCGUGUCUGCUCAGCCUGCUCCUCAUCCUGUGCUUCCGCGAGUCCUACGACAGACUCUAUCUCGACGUCGUCGUCUCCGUGUGAUCACCCCGCACUGGUGAGGGCUUGGAAGAGACUGGAAGUCGGCUUUGCAGUCUGCACAACUGCCUGGAUUUGCACAGCUGAACAGCAGAAAAACAAAGAAAUUUCAAGACUUAAUCGUGGCUUUAUUUAGAGAGGGUGAGGGAUGGGUCGUUCUUAUGUUCAGGACCAUCUUGAUUUGCCAUAAAUGUGGAACUGGAGUGGUGAUGGAGACACCAAAAUGCACAAAGAGAAUCUCUCUGCUGUCCAGGUCCCUGUGCAGGGCUGGGGCUCUCUGUUGGAGAGGCUGUUGAUGUAGCAGUGAGGUGUAUGUUGUGUGUGUGUGCCUGUGUGCUUACUCACGGUUAUACACACCAGGGUACCAGUAAUCUUCAGAGUCUUCUAUCAGAAUGAAAAUAGGGAAUAAUCUUAACAAAAGGAAAAAAAAAUAAGAAAGAAAACAAAAAUCGUUUCAAGAUCUCUUUAAAAUCACUAGUCAUUUAUAUUUUGAAUGCUCAUUAAACAUUUAAGCUAAAAUGAUUUGGUGCUUGUACACUACAUUUACGUUCUAAUAAAGUGGGUUCUGAUAUAAGACACUGGUACCAGGGUUUUUAGCCAUACUAAAUACCCCAAAUAAUCGUUGCAGUUUUAUUAGAGGUGUGUGUUACCACCCUGGAGCACAAGUAAACAAUAGCUUUAGCUGCCACUGAAUCCCAACCUGCACCCACAGUCAUCUCUGAAAUGCCACCCUGGUUCCUGAAUAUGGAGCAUCUGUGGUGUACUGGAGUGUCACUCUAGGUAAAUGUUGCUGUUCUAAAGGCCACCACUGUGUCACCUUUCCAUCCUCCAUCUCCAGUACUGCCUUUUUUACUGUUUGUGCCACUGAAUACUGUGGGUGUGGAUGUCUGAAUCCUGCUAGCUCUCUCCUGAUACUCUAAGGUGUGUGUGGUUUUUAGGAUUAGUUUAUGACUGAGGGUGCCUAAACAAUAUUGCUUGUAACCCAAGUCUGGAGAAAUCACUGUUUCCUAAAAAAACCUUUCUAGUUGAGGAGGUGCAUUGAUGGCGAAAUGACAAUGAGUUUGACAAUGAGUAACUCACGAGUUCUGGCAUAAUAUGGGAAAUUAUUGCCAGCUCUUUUUAUCAGUACUAAUCUGUGGUCGUUCCGGCCCUUACUUGAACAUAAAUAUUAAAGACACUUUGAAUAGUUUUUUAACUCAAUUUUUAAACCUGCUAAUGAUUUCUUAAUUAUAUUCUUAGAUUUCAGUUCAGCAUCAUUUAAAAUAUUUCUGUAUGUGUGUGUGUGUGUUCUGUGCUUUGUGUUAUGGGGAUGUGUUUGUGUGUAUGGGGGCGUGCAUAUUUAUAUCAAUGUAUACACAAAUAAAACUUAUAUAUAUAAGAGAUACAUAUAUAUAUAUAUAUAUAUAUAUAUAAGUUGUGCAAGGGUAUGUGUUUGCCUAGAUUUACUGCAGGUGAUCCUGCCUGGGGAGGGUGAUGUGCCCUUGUUUGCAUCCAAGCCAGUCACUGCCGUGAGUGGGAAGCCUUGUGCACGGUCUGCGACAGGGAUUCUUUUCAGGGAAUGAUUUCCUGUCCUGGCAGUUCUGUGGCAGGGGGUGGGUGCAUGUGUUGGAGGAGGCUCUGCAUCUCCAGAAGUUGAAUCAAGCACCCUCUGCUCCUGUGUGGGGCUCUUCUUUGCCCCUGGGGCAACACCAACACGGUAAGCUCACGCAAAUAAACCCAGAGCUACCUUUCAGACGUGGAUCUGUUCCUUCUGCCUGCUCUCCUUUUGUAGAGAGAAUACACCUCUGAGACUUAACUCAGGAGUGUAUCUGUGCAGUAAAAUAAAACAAGCUGUUCCCU